AUGGCGACAGGUCCAACAAAGUUAGACCCACAGGGUGCUCGUCAGCACACUCGCAUCGGUAUAUGGGACAUCGACGAGGAAAGGGAAAAAGAUGUACCACCUACGCCGAGUUUGUCAAGAUUGGAGAGAUUUUCCCGGAUACGCGAUAACGCGCCCUACGUUGUGCGCAUGUUUAAGGAAAUACUCAGCAUCAGACAAGUCCGGGUGUUUCUUCCCGCAUUCUUGGUAGCGGAAGUCCUAGACUCCCUCAUCCCAGCCAUUUCCCUAUGGUACUAUGGACAACUACUCCAACUUGUGGACACCGCGAUGGAGUCACGUACUGUUGACAUAACGGUAGUCGUUCACGUAGCGAUAGUACACGUUGCAUGCGCAGUCGCAACGCACCUUCUCCAACAUGCCCAGGACCGCAUCGCGAUCCCUAUCAAGAUAUCCAUCAGACAAUUUUACGCUAAGCACAUUUUCCACUCGAUGGCCCGCCUCGACCUACCCACCUUUACGGACCUUGUCAUCCAGGGACAGCUCAGUUUUACUUUGUACCAUGGGGGCAGGGGCGGUAGCAUUGCAUGGCAAACUGUUCAUAGUUUUACGAGCCUCGCAAUGUCGAUUAUCAGUAUGCUCUCUCAGCUUUUGGUUUUGUUUAUAGUCUUGCGGAAGCAGCAGGAUGGCCCACUUCUUGUGGUCCUUGGCUUCUCGAAAUCUAUGCUUCGCUGGUAUAAGAUGCAAUCACUGAAAAACAGCUUCUAUGAGCACAACCAGGCUGCUGCGACCACGACCAAUAAAGAUUAUAUUCGCAUGCAAGGCCUGAAAAUCCUCAGUGAUUCAGGUUCACACCGGAAGGAGCUUGUCGCAGGCAAUCUCAGUGAAUUUAUUACUUCACAAUUUUGCGAAUCCGCUCAGCGCCUCGGCGACGAUGCAAGCGAGUUUGCAGAAGUGCACGAAGCCCAUUAUCUUAAGAAACGCCUGAGCAUCACAUCGAUCCUCCGCGUAAUAAUGCACGAGUUACCUCAGAUCGUCUUCAUGCUGAACGCCGUGCAAAAUCCCAUGACGGUCCCCCUCUCCUUUGCGUCAUUAGUGCUAAUCGAACGUGUAUCUGAUUCAUUCGUUUCGGCAAGAGCGUUCGCUAUUGGUGCACAGUUUGCCCGUGUACGCGAUCUAUAUGAGUUCAAGAAUAUGCAGAACAAAGUGGUGGAUGGCACGGAACCAUUCCCCGAGAACCAGCAGUCUCUCAGUAGAGGCAUUUCUGUUGAGUUCAAGGAUGUAUCGUUCCAAUACCCUGGCAAAGAGAGGUAUGCUCUCCAUAAUGUUUCAUUCAGGAUCGAGGCUAGCCAGCUUUGCGUAAUUGUCGGGGGCAACGGCUCUGGAAAGAGUACAAUUUUGAAACUCAUCUCCCGCAUCUACGACCCAACAGAGGGCACCAUUUUUAUCGACAAUCGCGACAUCAAAACCCUCAGACUCGCUGACCUCCGCGCUGCCAUGUCCAUCCUCUUUCAGGACUACACAACCUUUCCCCUCUCGAUUCGCGAGAACAUUGGAUUUGGCAACCCCGCCCUCGCACAUGACGAUGACAAGAUCCGCGAAGCCGCCAAGAUGGGCGGCGCACGAGACUUUAUCGACGAGCUCCCAAACGGAUUCAGCACCUAUAUCGGAGACGUCCUGAUGCCCUCCGUGCGUAAUACUAUAGGUGUCUGUGCUUCCAUGGUUUCGGGCCUCAGUGGUGGGCAACACCAGCGGCUUGCGGUUUCCCGCACAUUCAUGCGUUCUUUGGUCACCGAGAAAAACUUUUCCGCUGGCAUGCUGUUAUUCGAUGAACCGAGCGCCUCUUUGGACCCCACAGCCGAAGAUGAUCUCUUCGAGAAUCUACGAAAGUUGAGGGGCAGCAAGACCAUGAUAUUCUCCACUCACCGGUUCGGGAACCUCACCCGACAUGCGGAUCUCAUUUUGUACAUGGACCAAUCCGUCCAGGAGCAGGGUACGCACGACGAACUGAUGAGGAAAGGCGGAGAGUAUGCUCGUAUCUGGAAUCUACAAGCGAAACCUUUCCUUUAA